AGAUAGAGGAGAGACGAGUGGGAGGCUGGCGGUGAGGCUGCUUUGCUCUCCGCUUCACUGGGAUUCCCGUCUUGCUCGUCAGAGUGAAGCAGAAAGGCGGGCAGGAUAGUGCGCCCGCGCGUGUGCUUUUGCAGAGCCCGUUUGCAAAAGGGGAGCAGGACUGCAGAGGGGAAAGAAGACGCCUCGGGCACGCGGGGAGGUGGAGGAUGGCGCCGCUGGCCAGUGGGACUUUCUGCAAAGUUUGACCCGCGCCUGCAGUCACCCGAUGUUGUUGCAGCAGCAGCAGCAGUCGAAGAGCGGGUCGGGCGUCUGGCUGUUUAGUUCUAUCCCCAGCCGAGGAGAAGCGUCGGAAGCAACGGAUCAACCACGCGCGUAGAAAUACUAAUAAUAAUAAGGAACCGGGCAAGCAGCGGGUUGUGGUGGGCGAAAGAUGGAGCAGAGUCGCGCGGCCGCCGGUGCGGACUCUCCUGCUGCAGAAAGGAGAGGAGCCCGCGGUCCGGGAUUCCCGCAAGCGCCAGCCUAGCGCGCUGCGCGGGGAGGAAAAAACAAGAUACCCUUUGCACAAAAAUAUCAAGCAAACCAACAGACACACAUGCACACAUAGAUACGCACAUAAACCACCCAAACCGUGUCAUGCACUGAUAAGUCAUUUGCACACACAAGUCUGUUUGCUUACAUUGCUCUCUUGACUGCAAAAAGGCACCUUUCGUAUACACAUUUUAUUUGUGCGGCGGAGGGAGGGUGCUUCUGCAGCUGCAGUUCUGGAGGGAUUUGUGAAUGGCAUUUGGACGAUUAAUUUUUAAAGGUGAAACGGGGUAAUAUAAUAUCUCAUAUGCACACUUGGGCAUUCAGCUAGCUUUGUGGUGGGCUCAAUAGAGCUGAAUUGGGGUGGGUGGGUUGAAAUAAAUAACGUAAAAUAAACUCUAUACCCUCAUUGCAAUAAAUCUUCAGCGCUUUGCAGAGCGUUCCAACGUUCGCUGGGGGCGGGAAUAGGAAGCUUCGGGAUGACAGACCCGGGCGAGGAGCAUCUGAAACAUUCCCUGCCUUGAGAGUCUCCUUUUGCGCCACCUUGGCUGAUCUACCCUUUCUGUGCCUGCCUGCACCCGCGCACACGACGCGACUGCGGGCGAGGGUCUCCCUUCUUUCCCUGGGCAUGGCUUGCAAAACGACUCUCUUCGGGUGACCGGCGGUGGCCCGCAAGGAAAGAGAGGGAGGAAAAGGUGGAGGAGGAAGAGGAAGGCGCAAAGCUGCAGAGAAGAUCUGAGGACACGGCUGCGGGCGAGGAGAGGGAGGAGACGAGAGCGGCGGCGGCGGCCACAGCAGCAGCAGCAGUGAUCGUCGGCUGCAAGAUUGCACAGAGAGGAGAGGAAGGGGGGGGUCGGUAUUGGAGGAGGGGGGAAGGAGGAGGGGGGCAACCCAUGCAUGGCUGAGCUUUGCAGGUGGUUCCCCCUCCCUCCCUCCUCCUCCUCCUCCUCCUCUCUCACCCCUCUGUAUCGCUCAGGUGGGUGUCAUUGGAGAUGUCACGGAAAGCGAUUAUGAGGGGAAGUUGGGAAUAACUGGAUGUCAGGAAGUGAAGUGAAAACUCCACGUUGUCUAUGAGAAGCUGAAGAGACAGACCAAAAGGGAUGGAUUUAUGAUUCAUAUAGACCAUCAGCAUUCUGCUUUAAAAGGAUUUUUUUUUUAAUCCAAAGAAAUCUAUAAAAAGGGAAUAAAAGGCCAAGAGUGCAAUACAAGAGUAAAUAACCGACUGCAUUCGAAGAAAGGAAGGCUGAAGGGAAAUCAAACAAAACCAAGAUAUAUUUAUUUGCCGAACCUGCAUCUCUUUUAUAUACAGUUUUCCUUGCUUAUCCAAAAUAGUAUUUAUCAGACUUUUGUCUGCCAUUGCACAGAAGUUUACAUACCCAAAAGGCCCCACUCACGAAGAAAGCGCUGCAAAACCUGUUACUCCAACAAAUAGUGGGAUUCAAAUUUAUAUCUAUAUGUGUAUAUAUAGCGAAACUUUUCCCACGAUGACUCUUCUAUCCUAUGGAUAUCGGUUUUGAGAUAACAGAUGAGGAUUGUUGGCGCCUUUUGGAAAUUGUGCUGGUGUUGUGGGCCAUGGGCUGUAUUCAGAGCAUUAGCUGCAAAUCAAAAGGUUUUCGGGAGAGUAUUACUGUCAUUGAAGUUAAGGCCUCCAUCGACCCCGUCCCUACCAACAUUGAUGAGUCGUCCAGUGUGGUUCUGAGAUACCGGACCCCGCACUUCCGGGCUUCUGCUCAGGUGUUGGUGCCUCCUCUCCCCAGGAAAGAGACCUGGAUCGUCGGCUGGAUCCAGGCCUGUAGUCACAUGGAGUUCUACAAUCACUAUGGGGAACACGGAAUGUCAAGCUGGGAACUCCCAGAUCUCCUCGAGGGCAAGAUCCAAGCGAUCAGCGACUCGGAUGGGGUCAAUUACCCCUGGUAUGGGAACACCACAGAGACCUGUACCAUCGUGGGGCCCACCAAAAAGGAAGGGAAGUUCAGUGUCAGCAUGAACGAUAACUUCUACCCAAGUGUCACCUGGGCUGUCCCAGUGAGUGACAGCAACGUGGCCAAGCUCACAAGCAUCCACAGGGAUCAGAGUUUUACUACCUGGCUGGUUGCCACCAACACAGCCACCAACGAGAUGGUCAUCCUUCAGACAAUCCGGUGGCGGAUGAAGCUGGGCAUCGAUGUGACCCCCAGCAAACCUUUGGGGCACCGUGCCAAGCUGAAGGAGCCCCAUGCUCAGGAGCAGCCACAGAUCCUAAGCAAGAACGAGCCAAUACCACCUAGUGCCCUCGUGAAACCCAAUGCCAACGACGCCCAGGUACUCAUGUGGAGGCCUAAGGACGGGCGCCCUCUAGUGGUGAUACCUCCAAAGCAUCGGUAAUGAGACCCCCUCUCUCCCUAAGUGUGUCCAGCCUCACGGGGUGGAUUGGGAGGGGUGGGGGCAGAGAGAGGAGGAGGAGGAGGAGGAGGAAAAAAACCGCUUCAUAUUUAAGAAAACAUAUUUAAGCAAAAAAAAAAAA